AUGCCCAGCAGCACUUCCCUGUCCAGAGACAGCGAUGCCCACCAGCUGCCAGAGGCGGGCCUGCACGGGCUGCACCGCGCGGCCGCCCGUGGCGACCUGGCCCGGCUGAGGCAGCACUGGUGGCUGAAGAAACGAGGCAAAAACCGUCGAGACCACGCAAAGCGGACACCGCUGCACCUUGCUUGUGCGAACGGCCAUGCAGACGUUGUUCGAUUCCUGGUGCAAGAGAAGUGCCUGCUGAACCUUUGUGACAACACUGGCAGAUCGCCACUGAUGAAGGCAGUGGAGAACCAGCAUGAAGAAUGCGUGGCGAUUCUGCUAGAGCACCGUGCCGACCCAAACCUCAAAGUUUACAGAGGCAACUCUGCCCUUCACCUGGCUGCCGCAGCUCCUAACACAUCUCUAGCAGAGAUGUUAGUUGAGCAUGGUGCACACCUUGAAGCAAAGGACUGGGAGGGAAAUACCCCGCUUCUUCUUGCCAUCUCCAGCCAUCAUAAAGAGAUGGUAAAGUUUCUUCUUCAAAAAGGAGCGAAUGUGUGUGCUCAAAAUUUGUUUGGAAGGACUGCUCUUAUGCUUGCCGCUUCUGCUGGGGAAACAGAUGUAAUAGAGCUACUUCUUUCCUACGGUGCCAACAUUACUUGCAAGGAUAUUGCUUGUGACACGGCUGUGGAUUAUGCUCUCCGGUCGGGACAUUUUGAGUGA